GCAAAAACUGAAUUGGCUAGAGGCUAGAGAAUGGAAGAGGGAUGCAGUUAGGAAUGGAGAGGAAAGCGCAUCAUUCAUUACCUGAAGAAUCGAUUUGCUUGUAGUAGUGAUACAAGAAGCUGGGUCAGGCCGCAUUAGUGGGGAACUUGGAAUAAGGCGAGAAACGGAGAGAAACGGAGAAACACCCACACAGGGGAAGAAAGCGCAAGAUUAGCGUCGGCGGAGGAGGAGACGCGUUGAGUCCAGGAAUGCGUCGCCUUGCAUCUGAGUCUGUCACUUUCGCAGCCUGUUACUUCGCUUGGGCCACGCGUUAUUUUGAACACUGUCUACUGGGGUGUACUUCACGGAUCUUGCCGUUGAAAUAAUAAAGAAGGAGACCACUUGAACGCGUUGCUGUCAUUCAGAUUAUCGGGAAAAGUUUGUACAUCCUUACGACUGAAAACAUUCGUCUUGGCGACCGUUGCUUGUGGAAACUGCUGUGUCGUGUGUCCCAUUCUUGAGGUGGAGAUCCCUUCUUGUCAAGCUAGGCACACUUUUCGUCUAUUUGAGAAACAAAGUGGAAUAUUUCUUCUCCACGGGCCAAGUGGAGCAUUUUUAAGGAUAAUUUUUAAUCAGAAAAAUACAUGACUUUCCACCCCUGUCAUACAACAAACGCACCAUGGUGAAUACGGACGGGAACUAAGCUACGGGAGACAGAGAGACACUGUGAUGUCGAGCACACCCUCUCAUUAAUGGGAAUAAAUCAAAGACCCCGGAAUUCAAUGAACUGCUACCAGACGACAGCGAUGUAGGAUACGUGUCACCCAUAGAGAACAAAGAGAAACAGAGAGAUGUCGAUGAUUUGGACUGUUUUACAUUACGAUUGUUGUUUCGAGCAAAAUUAGGUGCGUGUUACAGCAAGCGAAAGACAAGGACAUUUUUAGGGGACCGUCUUUUUUCUUUGUAUGUGUUGCCUUUAAUUAGUACAGGAGUGCAGAAUCACAAUAUACAUUUUAUUUUACUUUAAACUUCGAUCGCGGCAGCACAAAAAUACAUGUUUUUUUCAGUUUCGCAUCAUCCAGAGCGUCGUCUUGGAGGAAUUCUUUGCAGGAGUGGAUGAACACAACAAGCCAGUAAGCCCACAAACGAACGAUGCCAUGAGCUCUAAGCAAUGGGAGGAAUGAGUGCUUUGAUCGCAAAAGUGGGGGUCUUAUGCUGCGCAGCUUUCCAGCUGUCCCCAACCUUCAGCGCCUUCGUGUUAUGCUCCCUGAUGUUGGCCCCCUUUGCAUCUUUAUCAGGUCAAGGGUUCCUAACAAGAGCAGAAUUGCUGGAAACUGUUUCUCAAAAUGAAAACAAAAUUACACAGAGGCCAGAGCCAGUAUCAAGGAUGACAUUGCCUUUAACAGAAUCCAAGCCAGUAUCUUCUUCUGAGUCUAAUUUUGCUGCCAUACCUGGAUCUGCUGUUACGUUUGAAAAUUCACCCAACAAGCUAUUGUCAAGUUCUUCAACUGUUUUACCUACAUUGGUUCCACGAGAUGUUUCUUCUCCAAGUGACAGUCAUUCUGGUAGCACAGCUUUGGAAGUGGUACAAGAUUCUCCCUUUAGAACACAAAUUCCUUUACAACCAUCUGAUAAUCCCGUGGGGCGUCUUUCCAGUAUGACACCAGGCUUUACUGUAAUUGGAACUAUUUCUAGCUUAGCUGAUGAAAGAAUAAUAAAUUCUAAUUUGGUGAGGCCAUCUACACGCUUUGUGCCUUUUAUCAAACCUAGCCCAAAACCUAAGAUUACAGAUUUGGCUUUUUCACAGGAUCUGAACUAUCAAAGUGAUUCAGUAUAUUAUGAUGACGGAUCUGGAGAAUACUCUGAAACAGUAACAUUUGAGGGACCUGAUAUGGAAGAUGUAUCUUCAGUUACAAAUGUUCCACCAAACAUGGAUGAUGUAGAGGAUUUGAAUUAUGAGAGCUAUGACACAUCAUUUCCUUCAAGACCUAUGCUGCCUUUAUCUUCAGUUUACAUUCCGCAUAGUGCAGCAACACAAGCUUUUCAGACUUUUAAAGAUUCUCAGAGUCAGGAUUCACUGGAUUCCACAGUUUCUUCUUAUAGUUCUGUUGAGAACAAUUCACAAAUUGACUAUGCUGAACCCUUUACAAUAGAGCCAACAGAACUUUUGCUGCCUGAUAUGAACAGCCUAGAAUAUUACUCUACUCUACUAGCAAUGGAAAAUGCAAGCCUACCUGAACAAGCAGGACAAACAGAGAACCAUACAUCUACUGCAUAUACAAGCAAUGGUACAGCAGAGCCAGAUCAAAUGCACAGUGUCAUUUCAGCAAGCAUGUUAAUGGAAAACUUAAGUCAAGUAAACAUAUCAGUUGGCACUAAAGUGAGCGAUCUGUUGUCACCAUCAUUUGAUUCUGGCGCACCAUCUACAAGUUCUUCAUUUGAUGAAUUCACCUUGAAGCCUAGUAGCAGCAUUGCCUUUUCUAACACAUUAUCCUUUGAUACAGGCACCCUUCCGAUGUCACUGGAACCUAGUCCUAAUCUGUCACAAUUUAGUUUUACAGAAAUGUCAAGUUUCAGUACAUCACUAAGCUCUGCUGAGAAGGGUAUUGUUUCAGAGACAUCAAAUAUCUAUUCCUUUAGUAGUGAACAGUCUACAGUGGAGCCUACAAUGGCAAUGAAAGCUUCAACCAUAUCCUCCCUGUCUUACUGGGAAGGCUGGUUUACAUCCAUUGCUGGAACAGAUCCUUUAAAGGCAUUUACUAAAACAUCUGUUCCAUUUCCACAACUUACCACUUCAGAAACAGAGGCAACACGUAUUUUUAGCAGCACAUUGGCAGAUUUUCCCUAUUUCAGUUUGUCUGUGCAGCCCACCAGAAUGCUCCCAGAUGUUGAUUCCACUGCCAGUUUAGUAGUUACUUCCUCUCACCACAAAACAGUCAUGCUAUGGUUUGGCUCAUCUUCUGCCACCACGGACAUUAAAAGUUCUACCACUGGUAUUCCUGGUGUGUCUCUUACAGAGAGCCUAGUGGUUUCCUCUUCCUCCUCCUCUGAAGCUGUUCCUCUUUCUACUAUAAUCAGUGUGCCACCUAACCCUGGAACAGCUGCUCCUCAGAUCAACACCGCAACUGAUGAAAUACAUACAGGGUUUUCAGUGACUUUGGUGUCUAACAAAAUCACAACCACUGGAAACACACCAAGUACUCCCACUGCUUCUACAUCAACGUCCACUUCAGGAACUAAUAUUCCUUCUACAAGUGCUGUUUUUACAUCCUCUGAACCAAAUAUUGCCACAUCUUCCAGUUUAACAACAUCUGCAACAUUGUCUCCUGGAAGCACAAAUUUGGCAACAACAUCAACAACAACAGUAACCACCACUACAACUACCCAGCCUUUCUUAUGUGACGUUACAAUAUCUGAUACAUAUCUUGUCCGAGCAGAGCUUCCCAAAGACGGAGAGGAGAAGCGUGCAAUCACAUUCAUCAAAGAAGUUUUGAGUCAUCAAUUUAAUCGUUCUGUUGAAUUGCAGGUGCUGAAUUCCUCUGCAGACAUACUGUUUCUGGUUACCUCAGGUCCUGUUAUUUACACAGCAAUAGCAGUCAUUAACGCUAUGCAGCUUUCAAAACAGGACCCUUCCAUUAUUACCUCUGUCCGGCCAAGUGUCACUGUUCCUGAUUAUCACUUCCAAGUUCAUACAGUGCUACAGUUUGUCCCAACCUACGUAGAUGUUCGAUUCUGUAACUUCAGCCAGCGGAUUGAAAAGGGACUAACUAUGGCCUUUUCAGAAGUGAGACGGCGAGUGCAAGAUACUGAUGAGUUUACUGUGCAGGUAUUAAAUAUAACAAUGAAUGCAUCAUAUUUGGAAAAGCUGCAAAGACACCCUGUUGACAUUGCCUUUGCCAUUCGAGAUACAUUUGGAUUUUUGAAUGGCUCACGUGUGAGCAACUUACUGAGAAAUUUAAGUAUGGUGGAGUUUAGCUUCUACCUGGGAUAUCCUGUACUACAGAUUGCUGAACCAUUUCACUAUCCAGAGCUUAACACGACACACUUGCUGAGAUUCUCAUGGAUCAGAACAGUUUUGCUUGGAGUACUUGAGCACAGACUUCUAGAGAAAACAUUUCAAGCAGAAAUGGAACGCAAGUUGGCUUUGCUGCUCGAAGAAGUUUUGUUGCCAGUUGGCCGCUGGAAGCGUGCUACAAGUGUUGGAAACAACAGUGUGCAGAUUGUGAAAACCUCAAGGAUUGAAGGUGCUGACAACCCCCUGGAGAUGAUUUACUUUGUGGAAGGUCAAAAUGGACAGAGACUUCGUGCUACUACAGCUUCCAGUCUUAUUAACAGGAUUGACCUUCAGAAAGCCGCCAUAGUCCUUGGCUAUCGUGUUCAAGAAAAGCUUGCUCAGCCUGUGGAAAAAACUGAAGAGCCCUCAACUGAAACGCAAAAUAACAACCUGUGGAUUAUUGUUGGUGUAGUAGUACCAGUGAUUGUUGUUGUCAUCAUUAUCAUAAUUCUGUACUGGAAGUUGUGUCGGACAGACAAACUUGAAUUUCAACCAGAUACAAUGAGCAACGUUCAGCAGAGGCAAAAGCUGCAGGCUCCAAGUGUGAAAGGGUUUGAUUUUGCUAAGCUCCACCUGGGACAGCACAAUAAAGAUGACAUUCUGGUUAUUCAAGAGCCUACUCCACUUCCAUUACCAGUAAAGGAAAUGACUCCUUCUGAAAAUGGUGAUGCCCCCACUCCAAAAUCAAAGACUUCUUCUAAACCUUCUCGGGGUGGUCGGAGAAGAGGCAGAAUUUCCCCAUCAGAUGCCGAAUCCACUGUAAGUGAGCCUUCCAGCGGAAAGGAGUCUGCAGAAGAGACGAUGAAGCCCACAGCCACUCUCUGUGAAGACAAAGAGCAUAGAAAAGUAGCAAAAAAUGGAAAAAACAAAAUUGAACCACCACAAAACAGUGGCACCGAAGAGCAGCUCUCCUCUGCUUCGAUUUUUGAGCAUGUGGACAGGAUUUCCCGUUCCUCUGAGGCUAGUAGACGAAUCCCAAAUAAAAUCCAGUUGAUUGCCAUGCAGCCAAUGCCUGCUCCUCCAUUACACAAUCCAGUUGUAACAGAGCGAGUAGUAGAGACAAUGAAAAUCAACAAGGAGAUCCAGACAGCACUGAGGCAUAAAUCAGAGAUAGAACACCAUCGCAAUAAGAUUCGCCUGAGAGCCAAGAGAAAAGGACACUAUGAGUUUCCGAUUAUGGAUGACAUCGGGGUUACAGACUCUAAGGAACGUAAGCGGAUCUACCAAAAAGCGCAGAUGCAGAUUGACAGAAUUUUGGACCCAGAACUAAAUGCGUCACCCAUGUUGAUGGAAUCCAGGAAAAGUUCAAGAGGAAAACGCUCACCAAAACAGAAGAAAAAACACCAACCCAAUGGCAGUGUGACAGAUGCCGACAAAGACAGGUUAAUCACAACGGACAGCGACGGCACAUACAAGAAACCUCCGGGAGUCAACAAUGUGGCAUAUGUGUCAGAUCCUGAUCAGCCUGUUGAACCAAGAAGUCCUUCUCCACAAGAGAAUGAAGUUUUCUCGGGUUCCCCACCACACACCCACUCUCUGCCUCCUCCUGCCUAUUUGCCACCGCAGCCAUCAAUUGAAGAGGCCAGGCAGCAAAUGCACUCUCUCCUAGAUGACGCCUUUGCUUUAGUUGCACCCAGUACUCAAGGAGGCAAUGUUGGAAUCACAAUUCCAGGUAUUACGUCAGGUCAGCCUGGCACUAGUCCACCAACAAGAGGCAGCAGAGGAGCAGGCACAGGACAGUGGGGGCCGCCACAUGUUCCAGCUCUUCUGUCAAAUAGGUAUGCUGACCUUGGAGUGUCCCCUACACCAGCCCCAGCCUUGAUUCAAAGGCAAGUGCACGGUCAGGGAUUUUCACAGUCGGGAGAGUCAGGAAGACAGCAAGAUCAGCAAGAAGAAGUGUAUGCUACCAGAGGGGUUUAUGGUGAGGAGAUGCCCUCGUCUGCAAGGCCACGACCAGUUGGUGGAUCUACAGGUGCGCAGCUUCAUCAUCUAGCACAAGUUGGCCUAUCAAGCAGAAUAAAUUCACAUCAAGGACAGCCUGGGAGAACAGGCCAAAGCCAGUCAGGGGGCUCUGGGUGGACUUCCUAUAGGCCUGAAGAAGAAUAUACAAGAAGUAAUCACCACAGGGACCCCGCACAGAUUGUUGGAUUUCCAGAAUACUCAUCGUCAGUCUUUCAGAUGCCUAAGACCUCCUUAAGGGAGCCUUCUGCGCCUGUUGGUCUUAUCCUCGAGCCGGCGGGACCUGGAUUUCCCUCAGUAACUGCUGAUGAAUCCAACACAGGCCACUCUUCAGCCUCUCUCAUCAAAGCGAUUCGCGAGGAACUUCUGCGGCUUUCCCAGAAACAGUCUGCUGUGCAGAGCUUUCACAGUUGAUUUAAUUUCUGUCCACUGACUUGCUCCACCACACACCACUCUAGAUUCCAGUAUCCAGUGAAGGAGAUACUUCCCAUGGAAGUUUCCACUUACAGCAGUAGCAGCAGCAGCAGACCACAAAUAGACAUAUGGGAUAGCACAUUAGCAUGGAAGGUUCUUCCUAGUUUAAGAUCCACUUGAUAGAGAAGUACCUUUUUAAAAAAAUAAAUGAAAUCCCAGGUCAUGUUAAAGCUAUUGCUUUAACAUUUUCUAUACCUUCUUAUGUGAUCAACAUCAUCAGCUUAGAUGUUUUCUGUUACAUUGUGGCCUCAUUCCUUUCAAAUGCAACUGGUCUGUCUGCAGAUUUAUUUCUAUUUACACGUUCUAUAUUCAUUCCAUCUCUGCUUUUUGAAUACUUUUCUUACAGACAAAAUCUGUUGGAAGAAAUGUGUAUUUAUUUUUUUUUAAUUGCUCCCUUCUGAGUAUUUAAAAAUGAGUUGUUAUUUAAUUUGCCCCUUCCUUCCAACUGAACCCCCCCACCACCACCACCAUUGCUGGGGAUAUGUACAGUAUGUAUAUCAGUGCUUCCUAUUAACACAGCUUGUUUUAUAUUGCUGGUGCUAAAAUCAAGUCUCAAGUGGCCUAUCAUGAAAGUACACCACUCCAUUUCUUUUCUUUAUUCUAACCAUUGACUGAUUAAGUAACCGUGAUCAUGAAGUAAUUUGAAAACGAGCUGAAAAGUAAAUGUAGAAAAAAGAAAAUGUUUUUCUGAAGUGUCUUAAAUAUCGUUUUCUGCGUGAGUAAUUGUUGGGUAUGAUAGGCCUGACGACGGGAAUGGCUGUGCUCCAGUGUUAUAAGCCAGUGGUUGAAGUUCUUGUCAGGUAUUGUUUGAUUAUAUAUCUGUAAAGCCAAAGCUCUGUCCGAAACGAAAAAAAAAUGUGAAAGUAGACAUCUCUGCUCAUUCUGUGCUGGUAUGCUAUUCAAAGUAGAUUUUCAAGUGAACUAUUAAAAAAAUGUACAGUUAACUGGAACAUAAGUAAGCUAAUUCUGCCAUUAGCCAUAUCAAAGAAAGAUGGCGGUUUGAGGAGAGGAUCACUUUUCAUUUUUGUACAUGGCAUUAGUCCAUUCUGAUGUCUUAAGCAAUAUUUUUACAACGAUUUUUAACACUUCAAAAUGCUGUAGUACUUUGUGAUUGGGUUUAACAGGUAGUUCAUUUAUUUUCCAUUAUCUCUCUGUUUCUGUAUCCUGUUAAAAUAGGAAGCCCUGUAGCUGCCGUUCAUGUUGAUCAAGGUGAUUUUGUAAAUAGUCUGCCUAAAAGUGCACAAAGCAGAUAGCUGUAAAUUGAGAAACAUGGGUCUGUCUAAAUAAUAUACUGUUCUUGUGUGCUGACUGUUAGAUCUCACUGCAUCCUGGACUCAAGCUUUAUAAUCCUGAGAAAGUUCUAUCUUUAAUAAAGCUUGAGCCUGUCCAGUAUGUGGCAGUAAUUCUUGCUUUCUUUGCAUUGUGGAGACUGUUAGUGUACGUCACUGCCUGAUCUGUCCUCCUGCCCCGAUCUGCACUGCACAUGCACACAUUUUUCAUGCAGGUAUUCACAACAUCUCAUUUUAUGAUCUGUACAUUUUACAGUACAUUAGAUUUGGAGUGUUUUGAUUUGAUUACACAAUGAAGAAUUAAUUACCCGUAUAAACAUAAUUCUUUACAAGCUCUUUCAUUAGGAAGCUGUACGUCACACGGACCAAAAUUAUGGUUGUAAGUAUUAUAAGUUUGAUAAUAAAGAUAACACAGCACAGUUCACUCCUUCUUAAUUACACUGAGGUUAAAUUAUUAUUAUUUAGCGUAUUCCUUCAAGAUGUUGUAAAAGUCAAAAGCUAUUAUCUUUAAAAAUAAACUCAGAAUAUUUGUUUGUCAAUAAAGACAAACACAAGUGCAAUUCAUCCCAAAGUAUCACAAUGUCACAGAAAAACCGACACAUGUACUGUACAGAUCAGGUACCAUCAUUCAAAGUAAUGUGGCUUAAUGUUAUUGCUUGGUAGCAGUGGUGGAGUGUAGUCAUCUUAGCCGAGCUGCCUUCAGGUUUGGGUUUACUCAUAUUUACAGUACUUUUAGGUGGGUUCAUAAUGCCAACUUGUCCCCCUAAUGAGAAAGUGUGGGAGCUGAGGUGCAGUUUGACGGACUGGUGCAUUUUGUACUUGUCUUACACACAUUGGCGAAAGAAUAACAUUCAGCUCCCCACAACCCUAUCCUGGAUAAAUGAAGUGUGUUCUGAAAACAGAGGGAUAGAUUAUAUACCGGUAGUUGCAUUUUGUUUUGAAUUAGAAAUUAGAUUAAGCAAAUUAAGUAAAUGAAUGAAUAGACUGGAAAAAAAUAAAUGGUUCACAGAUCUCAUUCUUGUUCUGCACAGCAGAAAUUAAUUCAGGAUAUUCAGGGCAAUGAAGUACAAGAUGACGUUGCAUAAACAAAACUAAUGAUUUAAAAAAUAAAAAGUCCAAAGGCUAAAUGCUGUAAAAUUAUUUUUAAAAUAAACACUGUAAAAUAUUUUUUAAAAGAUGCAUCCUCAUAUAUGCUUCAUUCUUUUGGGAAGCUUAAGAUUGGCAUCAGUGUAAAAGAAGAGGCACUUCCAGAGUAGCUAAGGAUUAUACAGAGCCUGUGCUGAAUUAUAAAGCUCGGAUAACAUUAGGUCUCCCUCUACAAGGGACUACAAGGGCUUAUCAAAAGUCAUUAGCACUUUCAUUUUACUACACAAAAUAUGAAUAGGAACUUAAUACAGGUCAGUCAAAUCAAUGUACCUUUGUUUGCUCCUCUACAAAAUCCCAAUCCCAGUUUACCUGUUUUAUUAUCCUUUUCAAUAGAAAUUUUUUCUAUAAACAGUGAUCAUCUCCUAGACCCCGUGAUGUGCCAUUCCAGCCUCCACUGUCGUUUCUCCAAAUGAGAGUCUCGACUCUCUCCAAGAGUCACAUUGAUUUUUAUUUUCCUCUUUGCGUCUCUCAUGAAUGUCCCUUACAGGUCUGAUACUGUUUGUGCUCUAACAUUUAAAGUGAUGAAUCCAUCAUCUGACACUGAUAGGACCCAUGCAGCCCUUUCCAUUGUUUAACUAGGGCAAGAGGGUGUAAUUAUUUUCAUUCUGAUUUAAGAUGAUAGAUUGGAGCAUUAGUUACAAUAUGGUGCAUGUCAUUAUUGUGGAUUGAUUCUCAGAAGUUUAAAUAUGCUGUUUACUUUUGGUGUGACCCUCACAGUAUGCAAUUCAAAGUAUUUUAUACCAUUUGUCAUUUAAUAAAUCAGGAAUAAAAGACAGUGCCCAUGCUAUUCUCAGGAAACUGUACUGUACCUCAGAUCCUAAUCUCAGCCUCCAAACUCAGGAACUGUGAAGUUUGGAAAUAGUGGUGCAUAAAUGAAAUCGUAUAACAAUACACUUAAUUAUAAAGAGACAAAGGAAAAGGUUAAAGAGCAUCAGACAGGGACUAAUAAAGUGAAUACAUAUGAAAAAGAUCUCAUCAUAAACAUGUUAAGUUCAGUUUAGGCAAGUUGUCUUUAAAUUACUGUUUUUGCUAUUUUUCCAUAGUUCUGCUUGAAAAUGAUCACAAACAUCACAUUCCAGAAAGCUUGUUUAUGAAGUCAGAGUGGAGAAGUAAAAUAUUCAAGUGAAUAAAAUCUGGAGACAAAUGUCAGUUUACCAGGUAUACUGGUUUGUGGGUAGCUGAUUUCUUUUUCAUGCGUAGUCUACAGCAUUUUCUUACCCAAGUGGCUAAGAUCUGCAUUGGUGUGUUUAGGUGCUCAGACAGGGUAUGAAUGUGUGCAGAUUAAAUCACGUAACAAUGUUUGUUUCGACAAACUAGAAUUAAUGAAUGCCAUUGAUCUGUCAAUGUUACCUUCUGAGUGAUAUACAUUUAAAAGUACACAGCAAAAUCUCCAGUGUUAAUUGUUAGUGUGGUCAUUAAACCUUUAAAAGCAUAUAUACAGGAACACUGUUUCCUUAUAUACACUUUUGAAGUGUUUGUUUUGCUGUAUACAUGGCUGGACCCAGACCACUUUCUCUUGAAUUCUUUAUUGGUAAGUAUUAUUCAUGACUUUAUCCUUGUAAUGUAAGAAGUUAAAUUGCACAAGCUUUAAACAUGAUUCAUAGGUCCUUACAUGUUUUUUUCUUUUAUCAUUUUGUGUGAGCCGUUAGUCCAAAAUGUGCCUUAUAAUUUUACCAUGCUUUGUAUUUAUUUAUUUAUUUUUCAAUUGUUGGAAAUUAACCAAGUACACAUUCAAGUUCACUUCUAUUGCUGUGUGCAUCCAGUUCUGCACAAAAUCAAAUCAUUGGACUAAGUGGAAACAGUCCAACUAUUGUGAGAUCUAAAAAUUUUGUUAUCACCCCUGUUGUUGUACUCAUUACACAGUGAUUUAUUUUAUUUUAUUUUUUUUGCCUUUUUCAUUUAUGUUUGUAAAUAGAACUGUUUGUACGUUUCAUGUUUUGUGGUGGGUCGGGGAGUUGGCAGGUCCAACAGAAUCUUCUAUAAAUGAGUUGCAUGUUUUAUAACUAUUAGAAUUUAAUUAUUUACAGUCUGUAUUGAUGUGCAUGUCAUUGAGAAAAACAAAGGAAAUACAAAAGACAGUCCAGCAGAGGUUCAUGUAAUAAGCAAGUAAAAAUACAUUUUUAGUGUAUAACUGCCAUUAGAUGAUUUCAUGGGAUCAUUACUUUUAAUUUCACAGUGGUUUUGAAACAAAAUUGUCCUUAAUCCAACUGUUUAUUUACUCUUCAGCUAACUACUGUAAUAGAAGCAAAACCAUUAAGCUGUAUAAGCCAAGAAGAUGACAUGGAGAGGCUAAUCAGUUCAGUAUAAAAUAAAAUUGUUUGAUGAGAAACACUCAA